GUUAGUGCAAUGCACGAGCCUAUAUCAUGGACAUCACGAGUAUAUCUAUAUCUUUGGCCCUCACGCACUCUCCAGAACUAAUGAAAUGAUACCGCAAUGUGGCUUUUCAACGCUUCCUACGCUGCUCGGGUGUUCUUAAGCAUACUCCAACCCCCAGCCUCAUCUGUUACUGUUGCACCUAGUGCCCUACCAUCAAUCACAGGUGUGCGCACGCUGACAAUGAAUGGGGCAGGCAUGCGAGUGGGCUAUUGCAUAAGUAGGAAAGGAAGCUGGUGGGUAAGGAGGGGGAUGGACGAGAAAUGGGCAAGAGCAGAUGCGGCGAGCGGGCAGCCAUUUAUAGUGGCGGGCUGCGCGAUGGUGAUGAUGAGCGCAUGGCAUAGAGCGAUAUUUGAACUGCGUCUGAAUCCAGCUGCCGAAGCCCCAGACUGGCCCCUCCCUGACUUUCACGAAGCUUGAAGGGCGGCUUCUGCGGCUCUUGAAGACAUGUAAGUAGUACAUAACUUGCUCGUGGUAUCAAUGACGCUUCACCUGACGGCUCUCGACCUUACACUGACAUCCACACCGCCACGGGGAAGUCGGCCCGCAACUUGGUCGAGGGCCUGCAUGAUAUGCAAGUUGAGGACGUGUGCGGGAAGGAGGGGCUUUACAAGCUUGAUAAUACCGGGUUUCAGUAUGGGCGAGAAGUGGCGAUGCAUACCAGAUUCAAGUUCUUGAACGAUGAUGAGAUCGAGCGUGAAUACUCUGAGAGCAUCGACCUCAUCAAGAGGGUUACAGGGGCAACCAAG